CUGCCGCCCACAGCAAGCGAGCUUCCUUUUCUUUACUCAGUCUUCCCUUCCUCCCCCCCCUUCCCCUCUUCCUUAACGUUUGGUCCCUUUAUCGUUCUCCAUUUACGCUCCCUCCUUUGCUGCCCCCUUCCCUUCUUCUGGUCUGGUUGGUGGUUUUCGCACUGUACUGUACUCGUACGGCACUUGGUGGGGCGGUCUGCCUUCAAUUUUAUUUCCCCCUCCCUCUUUCCGGCCCUAAUUUUUGUUCCUCUUCUCGAUUUGUUGGAGUUGGUCGUUUCUUCCCAAUUUCUUUUUUUCCAUUAAAUUUUGAGCACGCUUUUAUUCCCUAGGUUUAAGGGGCGGUUGCUGCCCCGCGUGCAGCUUCAAUCCUGUGCUGAUCCGCGCAACUGUUGGCUGUCGCUCCUUUCAACGUCCCUCGCUUUUUCCUUCUUUCCCUUAAUUAGCCCGAUUACACACGCACGCAACCUUAUUCUCGUCGUCACACUCCCUAUAUCCCUGGAGCGAACCCGACGAGUAUCCACGGGAUACCAUCGUCAUUCUGUCUGACUUCUGCGGCGGUUCAGGGAAACCCUAACUUCUACAAAGGGGAGCGGAGCUUCGGUUGCUACAGGGUGGACAACCCGUAACACAUCUGAUCCAAGACACCACCAUAACCACCAUCCAUCUCAACUACGGUCAUGGACAAUCGGCGUCAAUCAGCUGGAGGAAGGGGUGGAGGGGGAGGAGAUCGUAACAACUUCUCUGGAAGCAAUGCUAAUUAUACUGGAGGUCCAGGAGGGAAUCUUGCCGCACUGGAUUGGGUUGUCGGUCUUCGUAUCCGUGUUGUCACGAUAAUCGAUGAUACCUAUGAAGGGACUAUCUACUCUUACGAUCCCUUGACCUCAACUCUUGCGUUGAUACAGUCGCCUGCUCACCCUCCCCCUACCCCGGUGAAUGAGAAUGCGAAUGUUGCACAAUCGUAUUCUCCUCAGGACUAUCGCAUCCUCAAAAUCUCGUUCCUCAAAGAAGUUGCGGUCCUUUCAGCGCCAAAACAGCGCUCGGUUGCACAACCGUUCACUAACGCCGAGCCCAAAAUCGGAACUGUCGAUAUUGCGGCAGUGGCUGCUCGAGAAAAGGACGCAGCCAGAGUGGAAGCUGAAAGAAUUGCAAAUAAAGGAGUCGGUGUUACUAAGGAAGCGCAAGACAUUUACGAUGCGUUGGCUAGAACAAUGAAAUGUAGGUGGCACGAUAAACAAAUCAUCGUUUACAAUGACGUUAUUAUCGACGAGCCGUAUACUGUGGAUCGCGUUAAAUCGAAGGAUCAAAAUGCCUUGAUUCAUGUUAAGAAAGUGCUCGAGGGGGAACGCCGUAAACUAGAGACGCAGCGGAGGGCUGCCACGCCUAUCUCGGGAGAGAGGAAGGGCGGAUAAGAUAGGGCACGAUGCAUGAGUAAUAAAGUACGAUAAUUUAAUAGUAAAUUCCCUUUUUCCGGACUUUAUUUCAGCGGUGCAAUGGGAUAUCGGAUAUUGGGGGAAAGGAGUUCUAUUUGAGGGGUACAAAAAAGCAUUCAAACAUGGGAGAGAGGUUGUCGGAGGAGCGGGAAAGCAUUGUAUUUUUCCUCUUUACGAGAAAUAACUCGACGUCUAUGAGCGUAUCAUACA